AUGAAUUAAUAUUACUAUAACUUGCCACCUAAACCACAAAGCUUUGCACCUCCAACUCAAAAGAAAUUGCUUAAGGAUUAGUAUGAAGUUCUGCAGAUCGAGUUAGGAAGUGGAACUUAUGGUAAAGUUAAACUGGCAUUAAAUCAUACGAUUAAAAAAAAGUUUGCAAUAAAAAUAAUAUCAAAAAGUUAUAUGAAACAAAUCUUUGCCACCUAGCACAUCUUAAAUGAAUUAAAUUAUUUGCAAGCAUGCAAACAUAAAAAUAUUGUGGAAUACAUCGAGCAUUUUGAAGACAGAGAUAAUAUCUAUAUAGUGUUAGAGUAUUGCAAACAUGGAACCUUAAAUGAUCUGAUUAGAAAAAGAAAUAAACUAACUGAAGAAGAGGCAUUCCAUUAUUUCUAUCAAAUAGCACAAGCCAUCCUCUAUUUACAUGAAAAAGACAUCAUUCAUAGAGACAUAAAGGCUGAUAAUAUCUUAUUGUAAAAUAGCGAUGUGAAAGUUUGUGAUUUCAAUUGGUCAACCUUUUUACCAAAUGGUGGUAAAGCUAAGCCUUGUAUUUGUGGUACGACUGAAUACAUGCCACCUGAAGUCAUAAGAAAAGAAAUUCAUGACAAAGGAGUAGACAUCUGGGCCUUGGGAGUUCUAUUAUAUUAUAUGUUGCAUGGUGAACUAUUGUUUAGAGCCAAAUAAAAAGAGGAGUUGUAUGAAAAAAUUUGUAGUAAAUAACCAAUCAAAUUCAAUGAAAAUUUAUCUAAAGAGUGCCUAUUGUUGUUGCAAUAAAUGCUAGCACAUUAAAAACGAAUUAAUAUCUAGUAAGUCUUGAAUUCAAACUGGGUAAUCAAGAUGUUAAGAUGUAAGAAUAAUUCAAGUGUUCUUCGACUAACUCCAAUUAAAUGUAGGUCAUCUGCUUAAGAGUCAACCAGAUUUAGUGUUGUAUCAGAUUCUACUUAUUUCUCCAGUUCUAAGUUUACUGCAAAAUCUCAAGAUAUUGAACCAUCAGAGAAGCAAGGUAACAUAAGUUAGGGAACUCAAGAUUAAAAUCCAAAAAAGGUUAAAAGUUCUGCUUUGGAUUAAAACAAUCCUGCCUUCAGGGUUGAAAAAAAAUAUUGCUCUUGA